AUCAUGUACAAUCAUAAAGAAAAUUUGUUAAAGAAAUUAUUACUAAUGGGCUAAUAAAAGGCAGGAAAAUCUUCAAUGCAUAAAGUUAUAUUUGCAUGUGCUCCUCCAAAAGAUUUAAUGUAAAUUGGUGUCACAACAAAUGUUUCUUAAAUUUAGAUUAAAUUUAUGGGAAAUCUUAAAAUACAUUUACUUGACAUACCAGGCUAGGUAAUUUUAAAAUAUAUUUCUUAGCCUUAACUUUUGAAAUAAUAUUUAACAGAGUUUAAAGAAACUAUUUUUUCUAAUGUCGAAGUUUUAGUAUAUUUAUUUGAUGUUGAAAUGGAAGGAUAAUCCUUUACAUCUGAAAUGAAUACUUUUAGAUCUACACUUACAAAUUUAUCUGAAUAUUCUCCUUCAUCAAAAGUCUUUAUUUUAAUAAACAAAUUUGAUAAAAUAAAGGAAUCAGAUAAAAAAAUGGUUUUUGAGGUAAUGAUUAUAAUAAUUUAUAGCGCAAAUACAAAAGAAUUAUACAAGAAGCAGAAGGACUUAAUAUAGAAGUGAAGGAUGUAUUUGCAACUUGUAUUUGGGAUGAAACUUUAUAUAAAGCAUGGUCAUAAAUUGUUUAAAAUUUAUUACCAGAAAGAGAUAUAAUUCGUAAAAGUUUAAAAUCUUUAUGUAAUAAAUGCAGUUGUGAUGAAAUUGUUUUAUUUGAAAAAUAAAGUUAUCUUGUUAUAGAUUUUGAGGAUCUAAGUGAAAAAAAAGGUAUUAAAAUUAAGAGUAAAUUUAGAUAUUUUAAAAUAUGAGAGAAUAUCUAACAUUAUCAAAUAAUUUAAAUUGUCUUGCAAGACGGCUGCAAUUGAUAUUAAAACUAUUAUGGUAAAAUCCAAAAAAUUUCAUGUAAUUAUUGAAGAAUUUACUUAAAAUACUUUCAUACUUCUUUUAUUUACCGAUGAAAAAGUAUAUCCUGCUGCAAUCAAACAUAAUCUUAAAUAUGUAAACAUUAUUUAAGAUUAAAUUAUAGGUUUAGAAAUUAUUUAAGAGUAAUUUGGGUUCAGAUACUGAUUAGUUAAAAUUGUUGCUUUGA